UAUGGCCAUAGGUUGUUUUUACGUCACUGUGGCACUACAGAGAUUUCAUUUAAAUAAAGCACGAAUUUUACCAGAGACAAACAUAUCAUAAUUGCGAGUUAGUCUCGAUAGCGAACUAGAGAAGUUAGCUUGCAAAAUUACAAGUUUACAUUCACUGAGCUCCGCUCCACCCCCUGGUUACCCACCUGUUCUUGUCAUAUAACGACCAGAGAGGCACCGUCAGGCAAAAGUGCAUAUUUUUCAACAACUAAACAGCACAACCAGCUGCCAUGGCCUCAGGGGGAGCCCCACUGCCACCCUCGGCCGCCCAUUGUGCCACCAAGGUGGAGCUGACCAUCUCCUGUGAGAACCUCAUGGACAUGGACAUCUUCUCGAAGUCGGACCCUCUGUGUGCCUUGUACAUCAGCACCUCAGGCUCCCAGUGGUCUGAGUUUGGACGCACAGAGAUGAUCCUGAACUGCCUGAAUCCAAAGUUUGCCAAGAAGUUUGCAAUCGACUACUAUUUCGAGAUGGUGCAGAGGCUGAAGUUUUGCGUGUAUGACAUCGACAACGACAGCCACGACCUGAGUGAUGAUGAUUUUCUGGGGGAGUUUGAAUGUACCCUGGGCCAGAUUGUUUCUAGCAGGCAGAUGACUCGACCUUUACUGCUGAAUGACAGGAGGCCUGCAGGACAUGGGACCAUCACAAUUUGUGCUGAAGAAAUAACAGACAACAGAGUGGCAAACUUUGAGGUGUCAGCCUACAGGUUAGACAAAAAGUUUUUGUGGUGGUCCGACCCUUUCCUGGAAUUCUACAAGCAGACCAAAACUGGAUGGCAGUUGGCUUACAGGACAGAGGUGGUAAAACACAAGCAGAACCCAGUAUGGAGACCCUUCAGCUUGUCAUUGCUAUCUCUCUGUGGAGGGGAAGUGGAGAGAGCAAUGAGGGUAGAUUGUUAUGACCACCACGUCAACGGCUCCCAUCAGCUGAUCGGGAGCUUCACAGCAACACUUGCUGAGAUGCAAAUGGCAAGACGCGAUUCAGCGGCUGAAUUUGAGUGCAUUCAUCCAAAAAAGUCAAAGAAGAAGAAGUAUAAGAACUCUGGGAUUAUUUGCAUCAACAACUGCCAGGUGGUGAAGCAGUAUAGCUUCCUGGAUUAUAUCAUGGGGGGUUGUCAAAUUAACUUCACUAUUGCCAUUGACUUCACAGCCUCUAAUGGGAACCCCACCUUUCCCACAUCCCUCCACUUUAUCAACCCGGAAGGAUAUAAUGAAUACCUGAAAGCCAUCUGGGCGGUGGGGAAUGUCAUCCAGGACUACGACAGUAACAAGAUGUUUCCAGUCUUUGGUUUUGGUGCCGAGCUACCUUUCUCCCCGCACGUCUCCCAUGAGUUUCCUAUCAAUUUCAAUCCAUCAAAUCCCUUCUGUGUGGGAAUAGAGGGUGUGGUGCAGGCUUAUCAGCAGUGUCUACCCCAGCUGAAGCUCUCGGGCCCCACAAACUUCUCUCCGGUUAUCGACCAUGUGGCCUGCUUCGCCAGACAAGCUCUACGGCAGCAUAAGGCCUCGCAGUACUUUGUGCUGCUCAUCAUCACAGAUGGAGUGAUCACAGACAUGGACCAGACAUGCACUGCUAUUGUCAAAGCUUCUUGUCUCCCCAUGUCCAUCAUCAUAGUGGGCGUAGGGGGGGCAGACUUUAGCGAAAUGGUGUUCCUCGACAGUGAUGAUGAAUUGCUGAGUUCGCCCAGAGGUGAUGUCGCCACAAGGGACAUUGUGCAGUUUGUGCCCUUCAGAGAUUUCCAAGACAACAGCGCGGCCCUUGCUCAGAGUGUCCUGGCCGAGCUGCCUGAUCAAGUGUCCUCGUUCUUCAAUUUAUUCAGGUUGAAACCCCCUAAUGUAUGCAGUGCUUCUGACCCGUCUUAGAAAGCUUUGCUAAAGUAACUCAAAUAAAUCCUAUUUGCUACUCA